UUUCUCAUGAGCAGAAAAGUGUGAAGGCGAAGCGCAAAGCAUCUGCAAGAAAGGCUGUCUGAGCUUUGUAAUUGGGUCAGAAGAAAAUGCGCUAAGGAGCAUACUUCUAUUGAGGCUGAUGGUGAGUGCGCUUGAUCCAGCCAUAGAAGAAUGUAACAAGUCGUACAGUAUCAUCUGACCUACAGACUAUUUUCAAAUCUGAAAUCUUGGGAGAGCAUUUUGAAACUCUUCUCCACAUAUAUUUCCUUCUCAGAAGCUCACUAACAAAAUGAAUACUACAGAUUUCGGUACAACAGAAUAUUUUGAUGCAGACUACGCUUCUCUAAUUACAGCACCUUGUUCCAAGUUGGAAGUCAGGAGCUUCACAAAAGCAUUUCUGCCAGUUGCAUACUCGCUGAUUUGUAUCGUCGGCCUGGUUGGUAACAUCUUUGUAGUGAUGACCUUCGCGUUAUAUGAACGAACCAAGUCCAUGACGGAUGUGUACCUCUUCAACAUGGCCAUAGCGGACAUACUCUUUGUGCUGACUCUCCCGCUGUGGGCAGUGAAUUAUGCUGCUGACAAAUGGAUUUUUGGUAAUUUCAUUUGCAAAAUGGCCAGAGGUAUCUAUGCAGUCAACUUCAGCUGUGGCAUGCUGCUUUUGGCCUUUAUCAGUGUGGACCGCUACAUCGCAAUUGUGCAGGCAACAAAGUCAUUUAAACUCAGGGCAAGAACGCUUGCAUACAGUAAAUUGAUUUGUUUGGCUGUGUGGGCAUCAGCUAUCUUAAUCUCCAGUUCCUCUUUUCUAUACAGUGCAAGUUAUAACAUCUCCAUUAAUGAAACCAAAGAGAUUUGCGAUCACAGAUUUGACAAAAUGUCUGACAGCAUUGUCCUGAAAUCACUGCUGCUGUGUCUACAAGUGGGAUUUGGAUUUUUUAUACCUUUCAUAUUCAUGAUUUUUUGUUAUGCAUUCAUUGUCAAAUCCUUACAACAAGCCCAGAAUUCCAAAAGAAACAAAGCAAUCAAUGUGAUUGUAUUAAUUGUAGCUGUUUUCCUAGUUUGCCAGGUGCCCUAUAACACUGUUCUUCUUGUGGCAGUUGCACAUAUGGGCAGGAAAGAGAAAUCUUGUGACUUUGAAAAGGGAAUGGCCUAUGCAAAAUAUAUCACUGAGACCAUAGCAUUUUUACACUGUUGCUUGAACCCUGUACUCUAUGCGUUUAUUGGAGUGAAGUUUAGAAGUUAUUUUGUGAAGAUCAUGAAGGACCUUUGGUGCAUGAGGUACAAGAAAUACAAUAAACGUAGUUCAAAGACAAAUUCUGACAUUUAUCAUUCACGACAAACAAGUGAAAUUCUGACUGACAAUGCAUCUUCUUUUACUAUAUGAUACAAUUUUUGCAACAUUAUUUCUGAAGGACUCUGUUCACCAAGCAACCCAAUACAGUCUCACUGUGUCUGUAGUAGACAGUCUUUUGGGGCUUCUCUCUACCUCAAGGGGAGCAACCGGGACUUACAAUUCCUUUCAGGAAAAUAAUUAAGAUAAAAGAGUAACACCAUCCCACAGAAAACUGAAAUCUUACUUACUUCUUUGAACGUUCAUCCUCUUCUAAAGCGCACUCUCUGAAUUAUCAGAAAAGUGAAGUUUACAGAGAAGGAGUUUACUCUCCUUGUUUCUAAGAAAAAUAUUGUGUCUUGUCUGUCCUACAUCUCUGAAAUAUCUCAAGAGCACAAAGGAAAUGAAUCAGGCUAUGUCCAGGCUCAUUCUACUUACAUUUAUUCUGUUGUUACUAAGUAUUUAUACGUGGAAGUCUUAUUUAAGAGUAGGCCUCCACUGUAUUUUUGUGGUAGACAGGUCACUCUAUGGAUAAUACUUAGAUAAAUGGAUGACAUUUUGAGCAAAGCACGGCAAAGAAAGCUAAUGAAGAAAUGAAGAAACAGGUUCCAGGAAUAGCUGGGCUUAGACGUCAGAUCUCAUAAAUCUUUGCCUGGUUCUACCCUCCACCUGCUCAUCACGAACUGCAGAACCUUAUACCUGGGCUGAGGCUCCUCAGAGCAGUGCUCAUGGUACCAAGCCAGACAAAGUUCAAAAGUGUUCAGACAAUGGCCUCAGAAGUACAGUUUCAUUUUUCUGGGACAGUCUCGCACAGAGUCAAAAGUUGGACUCAAUGAUCCUUGUGGAUCCCUUCCAAUUUGGAAUAUUCUAUGAGUCUAUAAUUUAUAUAUGUGCAGAGAGGUUUUUCUGACAUCUAAUUAUGUAUCUUCUGAACUGACAAAAGGUCUUUACUUGGGACAUUCUUCUCUUCAUCUGGCACUGGAUUCCAGUUCUGUGCUGUUUUGAAGCUGAUCAACUUGUGAACAUUUCUUGGUGUGUUGUUUCCUUGUCUUAUUGCAUCGUUCUGGCUGAAAUUCACACUCCACAUUCUAGAAGCCAGCAAAAUGAACAGAAAUGCUUAUAGUCACAUUCCAACCCUUUUUGUUGUAACUAGAUUGGUUGCAGAACUUUCAUUUCUUUGUAUUUUGCUACCACUCACGGUUUCCAUAGGAGGGGAUUUACUAGCACCAAGUACAUACGUAUGACUUAAUUUAGCCAGAAUUUUUGAGUGAGUUAGUCAGCAUUUUACUUACUCUGAAUAUAGGGAUAUUUCUAAUAAAUGCAGAUAAUUUUAAGCAGUAGAUCCUACUGGAAAGGACAUUCCAGUAGACCCUCAGUGAAAUUUCUGUUCAUUGUGAGAACUUCACCACCUUGUAACAAUAUGUGAGGUGACCAGGUAGACAGGGUGAGGAGUUGAUCAUAUCAAAGAGCCCCACUGCUUUGUGAUUGCGGUGUGCUGAAGCUCCUACCAGUUUUCUGCAGUUCUUCUGCAAUGAGGGCAAAUUGAUUUACUGUUAUGCAUAAUAUUCCAUUUCUGUGGCAGGAAUAAAGGAAUGCAAUAUGCAGCUGGAUGUUUGACUUCAAUUCUUCUAAUGCUCAUGGCUGAGGAGACAGGAUUGUGAAUCAGUAGCCACAUCUUUCUGCAAAGGAACAAUAACUAUAGGUCUGAAAGAAAAAAAAGUUUUGAGGAAUGAUGUUGAUACUGUAUGAUUUGAAAUGAGUAUUGCUUGUACUGGUGUAAUCCAUCCUUGUUUACAGUGCACUGUGACAUUCUUAAAUGUCAAUGCCUGGUGUUAUAAAGAUGUGUUUACUUAUUAUCACUAAAUAAUAACUUGAGCAAGAGUAUGAUUCAAAAUCAUGUAAAUGCAUAUGUGUGCAUUUGUUGUAUAUAGCU